CAUCGUGUUCUACAAAAAUAAACAAACCCAGGAAGACGUGAGAGGAAUAUAAAAAUGAUUUUGUUGUCUAAUGCUAUCGUUAAAAUGUGACUAUUUUUCCAAGGUUACAAAGCUGAAAGUGCAUUGGAAUGCUGAGAUUCAGUUACUUUGCAGCACUGGUGGUCGUCACCAGUGUCGCCCUCUCUUCUGAUGCUCCUGAACUGUCAUCACCAUUGCCAUCUGCGGGUUCGUCGACAUCGACGACCCCAACAACAACAUUAUCGACAACAGUGUCCAGCAUGACUACAAAUGUGUCAGCGCCGACACCUGUCACUUUGGAUCCUGGGCAUAAAGUGCAGUACAUUAUGGAGCUGCAUAAUUCAGGCCCGGCUGUCCUGGAUUCCACCAUUCACUUCUACGCAAGACUGUUCCCUAUCUCUGUGAAAAAGUUAGAUCCAUGGCCAGUCAAGUUUAUAUAUCAGUGGAUGAAUAUGGCUGACAUGAGUGUUCACAAAACCCAGGGUCGUUUGGCCUCUGAGCUGUCCAUGACAUUCUCAAGCUCGGAUCCCAGUAUCAAAUCAGGAGAGUUCCUUAUUACCGUCGCUGCUUUUUUUAAGGAUAACCCAACAAAGAUGGCAGCUUUCCAGACAAUGAAAUUUGUGCUCACAGAGAGACUGAAUGGUGGUUUGUUGCUGGAGCAGUAUGUGGAUUAUCGAAGAUUUCCCAAUGUGUUCAAAACAGGAGCGCCUGUCACAUUGAUUGCUGAAGUCCAUGAUGACUUUACUGUCUCACAACAACCAUCGUACCUCUUUUUUUGGUAUGAGGGACCUCAGUUUGUAAACUCCUCCAACCUCCCGAUCUUUACGACCACCAUUGGAUUAGCAACUAAUUUCACCAUGGAAGCUGUGAUCCUUGCUACUUUUGACUACACCCCAACAACAAAUGAACAGAAAAAGCGGUCAACAAAACCAUUGCAAGUCAUCACUGAAGGCAAGCUAGAUCUUAUGAAGCAACCUUAUGUUAAAAAUGGACACUUCAAAGAAGCAAUCUUCUUCAAGGUACACCGUCCAGUGUGUGUCUGAACCUGUCUGCUUUUAACGGGACAGUUCCGCUCAACGAGACGUGUCUUCCGGUGGAGUUCAACGAUACUCUCCAACACCAGGUCAAGGUCGUGCUGAACGAGAGCGGCUGGAGUGACGUGCACUUCUUCAUCUACAACGACGUCAGUCGGAUACACGUUGUGAAGUCGUACUACGGAUACGAUCCGGACUCCGUCAACGUACCAGCGUUGAUUCUGCCCACAGUAUUUGGCGUGAUUGGAGUGAUCAUUGUACUCCUUGGAGCCGCCUACAUCAUGCGUCUCAGAAAAAAGCCUCACGUGGAAGUGGCCGACUUCGACUUUCACCCCUCUCUGACUUCCACCACACAGUCGGAGCCCAACAUCAGAAUAUCGAGACUCACAAACAGUUUGAAAUACAUGUUCUCAAGGAACCGACCACAAGUGCCACUUAAACAGCGCGAGCCAACGGCUCAGGCUCCUCUGAAAGAUGACGCUUCGACUGAAGUGAAGAAUUUUUAUGACAGUUUGUGAAGAUAUUAAUGCAUGUGCAAACAAGUCAGAGGCCCAGAGCCAGAACGUUCCAUCAACAGUGAUGAGGAAUUGCAGAUGGGCCAUUGUGGCCCUGGGCCUGUGAAGUCCUAAAUAAUAAAGUUCAAUUUCAGGGAAAGUUUUGCUACCAAAGUAAGAUUUUUAUAUAAUAUAUUAAAUCAACCACCCCCAUCCCCCCCCCCC